AAACAAUCGUUGGCUUAGUUUGAAUUAUUGUUCGUUUAAUUCUGUUUAUUUUAUACAGUUUCCAGUUCCCAAAUUUUCAAGUAAUUUAAAAUGAGUUUAUGGGUGGAUAAAUAUCGUCCUACGUCAUUACAGAAAUUAGAUUAUCACAAAACCCAAGCUGCUCAUUUGAAGAACCUAGUUCAACAAGGGGAUUUCCCUCAUCUCCUCUUCUAUGGACCAAGCGGAGCAGGGAAACGUACCAGGAUAAUGGCUCUGUUGAGAGAAUUGUAUGGUCCAGGAGUUGAGAGGCUGCGGAUGGAACAUUUGAACUUUCAGACUCCAUCAAAUAAAAAGUUGGACGUAAUGACAUUAGCAAGUAACUACCAUAUUCAAGUCAAUCCAAGUGAUGCUGGUAUUUACGACAGGAUAGUGGUCAUGGAGCUGAUUAAAAAUGCAGCACAGACUCAUCAGUUGGACUCUACCGGCCAGCGAGAGUUUAAAGUGAUUUUGCUGGACGAGGUUGACAGGUUGACUAAGGAUGCACAGCACGCUUUGCGUCGGACGAUGGAGAAGUACAUAGCUACAUGCCGACUAAUUCUGUCUGCCAACUCCAUCUCUCAGGUCAUCCCUGCCAUCAGAUCUCGAUGUCUUGGCAUCAGGGUGGCAGCACCAACCCAACAGGAAAUCGUCUCAAUUCUCCAAAGUGUUUGUAAGAAAGAGGGCCUCACGUUGCCGGUAGAGUUUGCUGACAAGAUUGCUGAGAAAUGUGACAGGAACCUGAGGAGAGCCAUACUGAUGUGUGAAGCUUGUAAAGUCCAACAGUACCCUUUCACUGCUGAUCAGAAGAUAGCAGAGCCAGACUGGCAAGUGUACAUGAGAGAUACAGCCAAGAUCAUCCUACAAGAGCAGAGUCCAGCUAAGCUAAUGACAGUCCGCACCCGGCUAUAUGAGCUGCUAGUCCACGGCAUUCCCAUCAACAUUGUGUUCAAAGGAUUGUUGAAAGAGCUAUUGAAGAACUGUGAUGUAGAGCUGAAGCCGCAGGUGGUGGAGUUGGCUGCGACAUACGAGCACCAGUGUUACAGAGGCAGUAAGCCUAUCUUCCAUUUAGAGGCGUUUGUGGCACAAUUCAUGGCCGUGUACCUCAAGUUCAUGGAGGAAAACCUCGGCAUGUUUUGAAAAGACUAGCAAUCUUCCACGGAUUCAAUGAAUCAUUCAUGCAGAACUAACAUUCCAAGCAUAAGCAGAAUUUGUUUUGUUUUCAUAGACAGUUUUACCUUGUUCGGUUGCAAUGUUUUAUUCAAUACAGUACUCCUGAUUAAUCUAGUGAUGGUUAUUUCAAGUAUUAAUUCAAACAAAUCUAAAUGAAUUACUAUAUUUGCUUUACUUUAAUUAAAAACGUAUGUUAAUAGCGUAAGGUAAUUAUUUAAAAAAAAAACAAAUAGGCUAUAUAUUUAGGCCUGAAAUGACUUUCAGAUUACCUGAGGGUUCAAAUAAUCGAGUGUUCUGUAUUAGAAAACGGUCAGAAAAAUGUCCCUUGGCUAAAAAACAGGAUGAUUGUGUUUUUAUUA